AUGACACUCUACCAAGACUCUCCUCAUACCGCUAGAAAUGGGUCAUCUCCUAGACCUUCGUCUGUAUCGUUCACAGAUGAAGCGCAUCGCAGCACACACAUAUUAGACCAGCAGCCGAAUAACUUUCGGGACAAUGACUCGAUAAGUGACUAUACGGUCGUUACUGCCGAGGAGGAGUCCCGAGAUGAAGUUGACGGGCUUUCGUCAGCUAGUCCGAGGGGCACUGACAAGGAAGAUCUCAAUCAAACUGAGAAGAACAGCCUACUCUAUAAGCCUCUCGGCAGAGUUUCAACCUUGAAACAAUGGAAUCUCGAGUUUGCAGCACUUUGGACCUCUGUGAUUGCUUUCAUCGUAAUGGUUAUUCUCUUGGUCGUUAUACUACGCGCUCUGGUUGUGGUUGCCUCGUACGCCACCGGCCCCCUUUCCCAGCAAGCUGUCAAAACAUAUCCUUGUGAGGUUGCAGCUGAGGGAAUUGCUCGCAUCUCGAUAGCCGAACGGGUUAUGCUCCACGACUCCAUUAGAGGUAGUGCGACUGUCAAUGCAAAGAUGAGCACCACCGCUAUCAACGGGCUACUUGCUAUACCGUUUGACAGUUCACAAUUAUUCCAAUGCGAGUCGGGCAACUGUGUUUUCCAGAACGUUUCUGGAGUCACGCACUCGUCUGUGGGACUUUGCAGCAAAUGCAGCGACGUGAAAUCCGAGUUGCAAGAGUUUCCAGACUCGAAAACCAAAAUGAUGGGCAGGUUUCGCAACAACUACCGCUUCCACAACGACUCCGAGUUUACCAUUAGCACUGGCGUUGAACCAGAGCUGUUCAACAUGACAACGAAAGCGACGAAUGACGAAUCCGCGGUUAGAACGUCUUUUCUGACGCUCUCUGUGGCAGGUUGCAUUGCCCAGCCCAACCCAGAUGCCCCGGCAGAUCGGAAUUGCCAGCACGAUUAUAAAGACAUGCCGAGACUCAGCUCUGACCUCGACAUUGUGGCUGUCAACUGCAGUCUGUAUCCUUGUCUUCGUCAUUAUAGCGGAAGCGUCACGAAUGGUACUCUUCAUGAAGAUUUACUGUCGACUGAGCCAAUGUCUCGCACCCACGGAGGGCCUAAGGCGGAUUACGUCUCGAUAAUUCAGCCGUGUCUUCUCAAUGACAAUUGGUAUGAUUUGUCCAAUAUCACCGACGCCAAUCGAAAUGGCGUAGCCUGGACAUAUUGGACUUCAGAUGGAGCGACAAAGGGAGCCCCGGCUCAUUGCGUCAGGUUCAUGGACUAUGAAGAAUUUUAUGGCAUCAGAUACUUCCUCGAGGACAACCUCAAAGGGUAUUGCAAGCUCUUUGAUGCCACCGAAAAUGGACCAACAUCUCCCGAUGCCAUGAAUGGGAUAGGGAACUCCAGCCGGCUGCAGUGCGAAACAGCGGUCACGAAUCGGUUGCGUGUAAACGGAAGGACUUGGUCAGACACGGACAAAUCAAACAGUUAUCAGGACGGAACUUGCAGCCACACAUCGAUUUGCCCUCAGGGCCAUGUGCCGUCUGGCAUUCACCACUGUGCCUUCCUGCAUCCAGAUGCUUCCUCCAUUAUGGCUUCCAGAGAUAGAUCAGCUGCAUCUUAG